CAUUACAAUGGCCAACAACGCUGCCAACGCCGCCAAUGAGGAUUGGGAGACCCCAACCAAGGCCAAGGUUCAAGGCGCCAUUGAAUAUAACAAGGCAAAGGGCAUCACAGGGGAGAAUGAAGAUGUUUUCCGCAAUUUCAAGGUCUUCUAUGCACGGGGCUAUUCUGCCUUUGUAUGCUCAAAGACAACCCAAGAAGGCACCACAAUAACCCAGAUGUGGAGGAGAGAAAAGGCCUAAAGCAAAUUAUCGCCCUAAAAGAGAUAAGAGAGCUUAAGAAGAUUGUGGAAGAGGAGGGGUUCGAGGCACCGGCAAUAACAUAGAAGCAGAGCAGCUGGGGUAUAAGGCUGGUUUUAAGUGCUCUAGGAGGACAAUUUCGAGCGCUAUAGGCACAAUGAAGUACCACAAGUGCACAAUGAAGUACCACAAGUGCAUUGCCUGUUGCAGAG